AUGGCAUUCACAAACCCUUCCAAUUCCACUCAGGGUUUCCCUUACGGGCCGCGGGGGCCAAUUACUUCUGCUCCUGUCUUCGGCGUGAACUCUUCCAGUUCUUCUCAGGGCUUCCCUCACGGGACGCUGGGGCCAAGUACUUCUGGCCCUGUCUUGUUGAACUCUUCGAGCAACGCCUUCAACCACUCGACUCCCACCCCGGGGCUGAACCUUUCGGACGCCCACUUCACUCCGCCGUUUCCUGGCAAUAUGCCUCAUCCGAAGCACACACCGCCCUUCAGCGUAGCUCCCAACGGAAUCUACGAAUACUUUCUCGAGGUCGGCCGGAAGUUAGUCCAGUCCAUCGCUAUUUGUAUCGCUAUGGUCAUCGGUAGCUCCAUCCUCAACGUGGUAAUGUUCACGCUUUGUGGUGUCACCAAUGCUUCUGCCGAGCUUCAUCUCAUCAGUGCUCUGGCCUCGAUGUUAUGCUACUGGCUGACCUCGUACGAAGUCCCGGGUGCAUUGGUUUGGUUCAUUUUCUUCUGGGGUUUGAUCGCCAUCUUUGUGAAGCAGGGCAUUAUCCGCUCUCCCAACCCUACCCAGCAGCCGACACCACCCGCCUCCCCUACCGACCGAGACGCAGUCACGGCGGAGUUGAGGGCCAAGGUUCGCGCCAUGGUCUUCAAUGACGACAACAUCACGAUGACGGUUAUGACUCACCUUGAUCGGUCCGUUGGCUCCAACGUCCAGGCGCUUCAGCGUCUCGCAACAGAUCACUAG